AUGGGGGAGGAUGGGGGAAGGAUGGGGGGAGGAUGGGGGGAGGAUGGGGGGAGGAUGGGGGGAGGAUGGGGGGAGGAUGGGGGGAGGAUGGGGGGAGGAUGGGGGGAGUAUGGGGGGAGGAUGGGGGGAGGAUGGGGGGAGGAUGGGGGGAGGAUGGGGGGAGGAUGGGGGGAGGAUGGGGGAAGGAUGGGGGGAGGAUGGGGGGAGGAUGGGGGGAGGAUGGGGGGAGGAUGGGGGGAGGAUGGGGGGAGGAUGGGGGGAGGAUGGGGGGAGGAUGGGGGAAGGAUGGGGGAGGAUGGGGGGAGGAUGGGGGGAGGAUGGGGGGAGGAUGGGGGGAGGAUGGGGGGAGGAUGGGGGGAGGAUGGGGGGAGGAUGGGGGGAGGAUGGGGGGAGGAUGGGGGAAGGAUGGGGGGAGGAUGGGGGGAGGAUGGGGGGAGGAUGGGGGGAGGAUGGGGGGAGGAUGGGGGGAGGAUGGGGGGAGGAUGGGGGGAGGAUGGGGGGAGGAUGGGGGGAGGAUGGGGGGAGGAUGGGGGGAGGAUGGGGGAAGGAUGGGGGGAGGAUGGGGGGAGGAUGGGGGGAGGAUUGGGGGAGGAUGGGGGGAGGAUGGGGGGAGGAUGGGGGGAGGAUGGGGGGAGUAUGGGGGGAGGAUGGAGGGAGAAUGGGGGAAGGAUGGGGGAGGAUGGGGGGAGGAUGGGGAGAGAAUGGGGGAAGGAUGGGGGAGGAUGGGGGAAGAAUGGGGAGAGGAUGUGGCGAGGAUGGGAUGAGCGUGACUUUUGA